AUGGAAGACACCAAUGCAAGAAAUGCAGAUGAGACAGGACCUUCUGAUGCUAGAAUGACUCGGUUAGAAAGAAUGGUUGAAGCUCUGACUGGAUUGGUUAGACAACAGCUAGAACAAAACCAACAACCACAACAAAGACAACCUUUUCCACCACCUCCUCCACCACCUGUUCAAGUGGAACCGAACAAUUAUGAUGACAUCAUUACAAUGACACAGAAAUACAAGAAACUGAAACCACCAGAAUUUGCAGGGGGAAUUGAACCUUUAAAAGCGGAGGCAUGGGUAUUAGAAACUGAAAAGAUUUUUGAAGUGUUUCCGUGUACAGAUGUCUAUAAAGUUUUGUUAGCAACAUUUACUCUGAUAGAAGAAGCUCGAAGAUGGUGGAUGCUCGUACGAGGUGAGAAUAGGGACUUGACAUGGGAUCGAUUCAAAGGAAUGUUUUAUGAAAAGUAUUUUCCACAAUGCAUGCGAGAUAGGAAAGUAUCCGAAUUUGAGCAGCUGAUGCAAGGUACAAUGUCAGUAGCGGAGUAUGAAAGUAAGUUUACCGAAUUAGCUCGUUGUGCUCCUCAUAUGGUUGAUACAGAAUACAAGAAAGCAAGGAAAUUUGAGGGCGGCCUACAUGUUGAAGUCCUUGACCGGUCUAUAACUACACCUGAACUAGAAAGUAAGAAAUUCAAGAAACAGAGGAUGGAAGCGGUUAGUGAAUCAGUGGCCUCCGUGAAUGAAAAUUUGAACUCAAGCUUUCAUGAUAAUACAACAAGGGGAAAUAGUGAGAGUGUAGGUAAACCUAUUUGUAGGGAAUGUGGGAAGCAGCAUGGGGGCAUUUGCCGCCGAGGAACUGGAGUUUGCUACAAAUGUGGACAACAAUGA